AUAAGACUCUCUCAUAGCCUAUAAAAUGGGCAAGUUCCCAAAACAUAGCUCAAGUUGUGAGUUGGGAACAUCUUCUUAUACCAUAUAUCUCUCUCUUUCGCUUUCUCUAUUAUCUCGGCUAUUUUUCCCCUGCCCUCUGUUGACACUUUGGGAAAAUGGAGGGAAAGAUGAGUUGGGCAGUUGCAGACGCUGUAGACUAUAAGGGAUUCCCUGCUGAUAAAUCCAAAACCGGCGGCUGGAUACCAGCUGCGCUUAUUCUAGGGAUUGAAAUAUGUGAAAGGCUUUCAACAAUGGGAAUAGCAGUGAAUCUGGUGACUUACUUAGGUGGGACCAUGCAUUUGCCAAGUGCAACUUCAGCAAACAUUGUGACAGAUUUCAUGGGAACAUCAUUUCUCCUCUGUUUGCUUGGAGGUUUUCUUGCUGAUUCUUUCCUUGGCCGAUACAAAACCAUUGCAAUCUUUGCUUCAAUACAAACCAUUGGCACUGGUGCACUAGCAAUAUCAACAAAGCUACCAGAGUUAAGGCCACCACCAUGUGUUUCCAACAACAAUUGCCAACCACCCAAUGGAUUCCAAAUGGGGAUUCUAUACCUUGCUCUGUAUCUAAUUGCACUCGGAACCGGUGGUCUUAAAUCGAGUGUUUCGGGAUUUGGAACUGACCAAUUUGAUGAGAAAGAUGAAAAAGAGAAAGCCCAGAUGGCCUAUUUCUUCAAUAGGUUCUUCAUGAUAAUUAGCACAGGAACCUUAUUGGCUGUGACAGUACUUGUAUACAUACAAGAUGAAGUGGGUCGAAGCUGGGCCUAUGGAAUCUGUUCUGUUUCAAUGUUUUCAGCCAUUUUAGCGUUUUUGGCCGGGACUAAAAAAUACAGGUACAAAAAGAGCUUGGGAAGUCCUAUAGUUCAUAUUUUCCAGGUUCUAGUUGCUGCUACAAAGAAGAAGAACAUGGCCAUUCCUUACAACCUUAGCUUGUUGUACGAAAAUUCUCCAGAGGGUUCGAGAAUCGAACACACAGAUCAAUUCCGCUGCUUGGACAAGGCAGCUAUUGUUGCGGAAGGUGAUUUUGAAGGAAAUAAUAAUGGAAGUUGUGCUCCAAAUCCAUGGAAGUUAAGCUCGGUGACAAGGGUUGAGGAGGUGAAAAUGAUGGUAAGGUUGUUACCAAUAUGGGCCACAACCAUUAUAUUUUGGACAACAUACGCACAAAUGAUCACCUUCUCUGUGGAACAAGCAUCCACCAUGGAAAGAUCAAUAGGGAGUUUUCAAAUCCCAGCUGGCUCCCUCACAUUCUUCUUCGUGGCAGCUAUAAUGAUCACUCUCGCUGUCUAUGACCGUCUCAUCAUGCCUCUCUGGAAGAAAUGGAAGGGCCAACCAGGGUUCACCAGCCUACAAAAGAUUGCACUAGGCCUAGCCCUAUCAACAUUUGGAAUGGCAGCAGCGGCACUGUCUGAGAAAAAACGCUUAUCGAUAGCAAAACAAGUUGUUAGCAAUAGCACCAACCAAACACUGCCUAUAAGUGUUUUCCUGCUAAUUCCACAGUUCUUCUUGGUGGGUUCAGGGGAAGGCUUCAUUUACACCGGCCAGCUCGAUUUCUUCAUAACCCAAUCACCAAAAGGAAUGAAAACCAUGAGCACAGGCCUCUUCCUCACGACGCUUUCGCUUGGUUUCUUCGUGAGUAGCUUCUUGGUUAUGGUGGUGAAGAGGGUGACUGGAAGAGGAGAUGAACGAGGAUGGCUUGCAGCUAAUAUAAACAAUGGAAGGCUUGAUUGUUUCUAUGGACUUUUAACCAUACUUAGUGUUGUCAAUUUUGUAGCCUUUAUGAUAUGUUCAAGGUGGUACAAACCCAACAAACCUACUAAACCAGCUCUCCAAAUGGGUUCCGUUAAUGGUAAUGGUAAUGGUUCUUCUGCUGAUGAUAGGUGCUAGUGAAUAAUGCGAUUGGGAGGUGGGAAAAAAUCAGUCACGUUAUGGGGGUUUGAAUAUUGUACAUUAUUAAUCAAUUAAUCAUGGUUUGAGUGUGCUUAACUUUCAUUGUACAUUAUUAAUCAAUCGAUCAGGGUUUGAGUGUGCCUAAUUUUCAAUUAAGUUAAUCUAUAAAGUGAGUUGAUUC